GUUAGCAAAAAGAGUGCAAAAGAGAGGAAGAAAUGGAUAAAGGGUUUAGUUGCUACGACGGAGAGACGGUGGCCAUUGAUGAAGACUAUCACAUGGGAUGCAAGACGCCUACGCGUGAUGAAUGCCGGAUACCAGCUUAUCCGCCGUGUCCACCACCGGUGAGAAGGAAAAGAUCGUUCAACUUUGGAAAGAAACGGCAACCACCGAAGAAACUUUCAGUGUCCGGAACUAGAACUAUUCUUUUCGGCGGUUGCAGCCUCCAUAAGGCAAGAAAGCUGCGCUUAGAUUGCUACAUAUAAUCUUUUGACUAUCUAUAUGCGCAUGGUCAUGUGAAACCUAGGCUUGUAUGAUGUAAUAUUAAUGAAGGAAACGCAAUACAGUGUUUGUAUGAUCUUGUUUUGUGUUGAACCUGUUUUGGUUUUUGAUGUUUUUGUUUUUGAUGUUUUUGUUUUCUGGCGGGGUUAUUCCUCUAUUGUAUGUAGACGGUCGUUGUACUAAUGUAUUAUUGGAUUUUAUGAAAUCGAC